AUGUCUUACUCGUCUGUUGCAGUGCGUUAUUUCACGGCACCCAAGCCCCUGGGAAGCGCCAUGGAUCCUGCUCGGUCUCAACCGUCCUCUGAUCCUGCACCGAAGCCGUCUCCCGCGCCUUUGACGGUGAACGGAUCGAUUAAGCCGGGUUUGACGUUUGCCAACCAAGAUUCCCUGCCCAAGUUGCCCAUUCCGGAGCUGGAACAAACAUGCAAGAAAUACCUCGAAGCCCUGGCUCCGUUGCAGGCACCUAGGGAACAAGACGAAACCAAAGCAGCUGUCCAGGAUUUCCUCCGGUUGGAAGGACCUGUUCUCCAGGAGAAGCUCAAGAACUAUGCUUCGUCAAAGACCAGCUACAUCGAACAAUUCUGGUACGACUCAUACUUGAACUAUGAUAGCCCGGUGGUCCUGAACCUCAACCCCUUUUUUCUACUGGAGGAUGACCCAACACCGGCGAGGAACAACCAAGUGACCCGGGCAGCUUCGCUUGUCGUUUCUGCGUUGUCUUUUGUGCGAGCUGUCAGGCGGGAGGAGCUACCUCCGGAUACUGUUCGAGGCACUCCCUUGUGCAUGUAUCAAUACUCUCGCUUGUUUGGGACAGCACGGGUACCCACCGAUAAUGGGUGCGUCAUCAGCCAAGAUCCUCAUGCAAAGCAUAUUGUCGUUCUGUGCCGUGGCCAAUUCUACUGGUUCGAUGUAUUGGACGAGAACAACGAUCUGAUCAUGAACGAGAAGGAUAUUGCUGUGAAUCUUCAGGUUAUCAUCGGCGACGCCGAGCAGACUCCUAUUCAGGACGCUGCAAAAGGCGCCCUUGGGGUUUUAAGCACAGAGAACCGGAAGGUCUGGUCAGGGCUGAGAGACAUUCUCACAAAGGACGAAGGUUCAAACAAUGCGGAGUGCCUGAACAUCGUUGAUACAGCUCUCUUUGUCCUCUGCCUGGACUACACUGAACCACACAAUACCUCCGAACUUUGCGCGAACAUGCUCUGCGGGACGAGUGAGGUUAUCAGAGGUGUCCAAGUCGGUACCUGUACGAAUCGCUGGUAUGACAAGCUGCAGAUCAUCGUGUGUAAGAACGGCAGUGCAGGUAUCAACUUUGAACAUACUGGCGUCGAUGGGCAUACUGUGCUUCGAUUUGCCAGUGAUGUCUACACCGACACCAUUCUCCGCUUUGCUCGUACCAUCAACGGUCAAGCGCCCAGCUUGUGGGCCACAUCCAGCCCGGAUCCUGCUAAGCGCGACCCUCGAAGCUUUGGCAAUGUCAGCACGACUCCGCGCAAGCUGGAGUGGGAUAUGGCUCCUGAGCUCAGCAUUGCCUUGCGAUUUGCCGAGUCGCAUCUGUCUGAUCUCCUGAAGCAGCAUGAAUUCCAGGUGCUGGACUUUACCGGUUUUGGCAAGAACUUCAUCACUUCGAUGGGAUUUUCUCCCGAUGCCUUUGUACAGAUGGCAUUCCAAGCAGCAUACUACGGGCUUUACGGACGGCUGGAGAAUACUUAUGAGCCAGCCAUGACCAAGGCCUUCCUACACGGCCGAACAGAGGCCAUCCGAACGGUAACCAGGGAAUGUGCCGACUUUGUCACCACAUUCUGGGGGGAGAACCCGGCGGAGCAGAAGAUAAAUGCACUGCGUAAAGCGACAGAGAAGCACACAGCCAUCACGAAGGAAUGCUCCAAGGGUCAGGGACAAGACAGGCAUCUCUACGCCCUGUACUGUCUCUGGCAGCGAUCGUUUGAUGACGGGGCGUCGUCGGCGAGCAACAGUGUCUCGGAAGGUACCAAUGGCUAUACCAGCCCUGUAGACGGCGACUCUAUCGCCUCGCCCAAAUCCCCCAGCCCGAUGUCAGAUGACGGGCUCUCCUCGACUGGAUACAGUGUUCGUGGCGUGCGCACCAUGCCGGCCAUUUUCAGCGACGCCGGGUGGGACAAGAUUAACACCACGGUGCUGUCGACCUCAAACUGCGGAAACCCAUGCCUGCGCCACUUUGGAUUUGGACCAACUUCGGCAGACGGCUUUGGAAUCGGGUACAUCAUCAAGGACGACACGAUCUCGUUCUGCGCUUCCUCGAAGCAUCGUCAGACGCAACGGUUAAUGUACACACUAGAGUCGUACCUGCUUGAGAUCCGGAAGCUGCUGCGUGCGAUCAACCAGCGACCGGCGAGCCCGCGUACGAGCCGGGCGCGCGAGAUGGAGAUGAUCAGCGAGCGGCUCCAGAUCGAUCACCGCCGGGGCCGGAUCGUCCGGAGCGACACGAGCCACCGGGGAGCCGAGACACCCACUACCGAUAGCGGAGAAUUAGAGGACGAUGGCAUGGGCGGAUAUGGAUUCUUCGAUGCCGGGAUGUUGCUUCAUGCACUAAAGGGGAUCAAUGCAGACCGGGAGCGUGGCGCGGACAAGCCGGAGAAGCGGCGAUUUGUCGGGAAGAAGUUGCGGCUGAAUGACUAUUGAUUAUGGUAUGUUUGUAUGGUUGAGCAUAAUGUUUUUGGCACUCUUAGUUGUUUAGCCGUACAUUGGUGUUGGGCGUACAGUACAUUCAUAUGUGUCUACUUGAUACCAAUUCUAUAUGCCCUAUUGAUGAGUACAGAAGUAUGAU